AUGCCAAAUAUAAGACGUAUUUAGGGUUUUGGUGCUUUGUUUCUGCUAACUCAAGUUUUGUUUAAGGCUGUAGUGUUCACCCCCGGCCCCCGAAGGCCCCCAUGCAGCACGUUUCAGCUCAUUUUGAAGCCCAGCUCAAUUUAAUUCAAUUCAAGGUUAUUUAUAUAGCGCCAAAUCACGACAAGAGUCGUCUCAAGGCACUUCACAUAUAAACAUUCCAAUACAGGUUCUUUAAGCCAAUCAGAAAAAAGUUUCCUAUACAAGGAACCCAGCAAAUUGCAUCAAGUCACUGAUCAAACAUGCGAUUGGGUCCAGAUGCAGUGGAACAUGUGCAAUGAAGAUUAAGCCUCUACAUUUUAGCUUUCUCUGCUUCAACACACCUAAUUUUAAUCCCUGGGUUAUUAACAGGCUUCUGUGGAGGUGACCAGCUAAAGGUUGCAGCCAUUGAAUCAGACGCGUUGGAGUGGUGAACACAAAAUGUAAGAAGUGAUUAUUGUUCUCUUUUGCUUCUUGUGCUUUUAUUAUGAAGGCACUUCCGGCUCCUACGUGAACACGUCGUAAACAAAUGCGGAAGUUCUUACUCAAAUCCUGUACGUGAAGCACGUCAUUCACUCCCGUUAGGUGGCUUUUCCACUGAAAUCCAACCAUACUUUCGUUCCUCCACCUGUUCGCUUACAUUUAAACCUUUUCCCGCUCGCUCUUGUUUAUUUCGUCGCCACCAAAAUGCCUUUAAAGUUUGAGCUUUGUCCCGGAAGGAUGAUCGGAGGCAACCAUCCGUGCUUCAUCAUAGCUGAAAUUGGACAGAACCAUCAAGGAGACAUCGAGAUUGCCAAGAAAAUGAUCAAAAUGGCAAAGGAAUCUGGUGCGGACUGUGCCAAAUUUCAGAAGAGUGAGUUGGAGUUCAAAUUCAGCAAGCGAGCCUUGGAGCGUCCAUAUGUUUCCAAAAACUCCUGGGGGAAAACCUAUGGAGAACACAAGCGCCACCUGGAGUUCAGCCAUGAGCAGUACAGGGAGCUGCAGAAAUAUGCUGAGGAGGUGGGAAUCUUCUUCACGGCCUCUGGGAUGGAUGAGAUGGCCGUGGAGUUUCUCCAUGAACUUAACGUGCCUUUCUUCAAAGUGGGAUCUGGAGACACCAACAACUUUCCAUAUUUGGAGAAAACGGCCAAGAAAGGUCGUCCCAUGGUGGUGUCCAGUGGGAUGCAGUCCAUGGAGACAAUGCGUCGUGUUUACAAGACGGUGAAGAACCACAACCAAAACUUUGCUAUCCUCCAGUGCACCAGUGCCUAUCCUCUGGAGGCUGAAGAUGUCAACCUCCGAGUUAUCACGGAAUACCAAAAGGAAUUUCCAGAUAUUCCCAUCGGCUAUUCCGGCCACGAGUCUGGAAUCUACAUCUCGGUGGCAGCUGUGGCUCUGGGAGCCAAGGUCAUUGAGCGCCACGUUACUUUGGACAAAACAUGGAAAGGAAGCGACCACGCAGCCUCACUGGAGCCUUCUGAGCUGGCUGAACUGGUUCGUUCCAUUCGACUGGUGGAGAGGGCGCUAGGAAGCGGCGUCAAGCAGAUGCUGCCCUGUGAGAAGCCGUGCCACGACAAGUUGGGUAAGUCCGUAGUGGCCAAGGUAAAGAUCCCCAGAGGAACGGUCCUGACUCUGGACAUGCUGGCGGUGAAGGUGGCUGAGCCCAUGGGCGUCGCAGCGGAGGACAUCUUCCAGCUGGUUGGGAAAACUGUGACAGAGGACAUAGAGGAAGAUGAGAGCGUUGUGCCUGAGUUGGUGGACAGUUAUGGCAAAAAGGCCAAGUGCUGAGCAGUCAUUAAAACUACUCACUUUGAUGGAGUCCAAGGUUAAACAUGGGUAAUUUUCUAAGGUGUGGGUGGAUUUUCUUUCAUCUGUGUAUCGCCUUUAUAACAGCGGCCUUAAUGGAACCUUCUAGGAAUCUGGUUUGAUCAUUUUAAAGGUUCCGGAGAGUUUCAGUGUUUUCAGAAGCUCUGCACAUUAGUUAUGCUUUCUCCAACUGAAUCAGAAUCAAAAUACUCGUUAUAUUUAUGCAUCAGCAAGCCUGCGAAAAUAAUUGAAUUCUAAAAGACAAACAACCUGAUAAACUUACCUGCUGGAGCAAAUAUUAGCAGAUUAAAAAAAUCUGCCCCAUUGUUUAGUAAUCUGUUGGUUUUAGUUUCAAAUAAGCUUUAUUUCUUCUUUAGUGGCUCAGGCGCUGACUACAAUCAUGGUGGCGAUGAACACAAGCAUGUGAGAUGUAAGGAUGUUUAUAUGUGAGCUGUCGUUUGUUCUGGAAAAAUAAAGUUCUUAAUAAAAACACAUAAA